AUGGCAGCUGCGUGGUACAGCUGGGCCUUGCUGCUGAUCCUGCCCGCCGUGGCCUGGGCUGGGGGAGCCGGCCCCGUCCUCGUCAACCGGCCCUUCGUCACCAUCUGGAACGCCCCCACCAAGGACUGCGCCGAGAAGUACAACGUCACCCUCAACCUGGGGGUCUUCGACAUUGUGGCCAACGCUGACCAGGUCUUCACUGGGGACGACGUGACACUCUUCUACAGUCAGGCCCUGGGGCUCUAUCCCUACUACACGGCUGCAGGGACGCCCGUGGACGGCGGGCUGCCCCAGAAUGCCAGCCUCCAGACCCACCUCCAUCAGGCCUCCAGCAACAUCGAGGCUGCCCUGCCCAACGUCUCCUACAAUGGCCUGGCUGUCAUCGACUGGGAGAAGUGGCGCCCGCUGUGGGCCCGUGACUGGGGUGCCAUGAACAUCUAUCGGGAGAAGUCAGAGGCCAUGGUGCAGAAGGAGCACCCAUUCUGGCCCUCUUCUGUGGUCAAGGAGGUGGCAAAGCUGGAGUAUGAGCAAAGUGCCCGGGCCUUCAUGGAGCAGACACUGAAGUUGGGUGAAGUCCUUCGGCCCAAUGCCUAUUGGGGCUUUUAUGGCUUCCCUGACUGCUAUAACAACAACUUUGACAGCUGGGGCUACACGGGGAAGUGCCCCCUGGUCGAGCAGAUUAGGAACGAGGAGCUGUUCUGGCUGUGGAAGAACAGCCGUGCUCUCUACCCCAGCAUCUACCUGCCCCAGCAACUCAAUGGCACGAACAAGGUGCUGAGCUAUGUCCGGAACCGGGUGGCCGAGGCCUUCACCGUCCAGCGUGGUGUCGUUGAUGGCAGCAUCCCUGUCCUGCCUUAUGCUCAAAUCACCUUUGAAAACACCGUCAACUUCCUUUCCGAGGAGGACCUGGUGAACACCAUCGGAGAGAGCGCAGCCCAGGGCUCUGCCGGCAUUGUGCUGUGGGGAAGCCUCAACUACAGCAGCUCCAAGGAAAUGUGCCUGAAUCUGAAGAACUACCUGGAUGGGGACCUGGGUCACUACGUCGUGAACGUGACAGCCAGCGCCGAGCUGUGCAGCCAGAGCCUGUGCUCCGGCCAGGGCCGCUGCGUGCGCAAGAAGGACCAGCACGGCUUCUUGCACCUCGACCCCUUCCACUUCUCCAUCGAGACGCACCCCAGCAAGCCCCACUUUGUGGUGCGCAGCCUGACGUCCGACAGCGACAGCUCCCAGCUAGCCGAGAAGUUCAGCUGCCAGUGCUACGACAGCUGGCAGGGAGAGAGCUGCGACACCAAAGGCUCCUCCAAGUGAGGCCACCUCCGUGCUCCCCUGCAGCCCCCCUGCCCGCUCCCCAGACCCACGCUGCUGCUA